CCAAGAUGCAUCUGUUUUCACAAAUUCCCUGAGAAAUCACAUUAUUAACCACUCACAUAGCGUACGAAAAUAUUAUAACUGGGGCCGACGGGGGCAGCCACUAAAGUACUCAGGCGGGCGGCCCUGCCUAGCAGCGACGUAACGUCCUAUUCAUUCUCCCAACUCUCAAGAACUGCACUCUGCUGCUGUAUCAGUUCAUCGUCCACGGUAAUGUAUACAGCGGUAUGAGGAAGCUGGCCAGGCUGAGCACUGCUACGUCGCGAUGAAUCAAAGGUCAGCAUGCAUGACUGAGGCUCACUGCACUCUGCGUGUGACUUAAGGACGUGCGGCUGAGCCAGUGGCCAAACCCCGCAGUCUGCAGCCUCAUGUAAGCCUGAUCAGUCGUUUGCAAUGACGGAGAUGAUGCCUGCUUCGAUCCAUGCGUUGCGAUAUUUCUGGGCUGACACGUGCUGCAUCGACAAAGUCCGACAUCAUCGAGCUUCAGACGGCGAUCAACAGCAUGUUCCGAUGGUACCGCGAUGCCAAACGAUGCUAUAUUUAUUUGGCGGACGUCUCAAACAAUUCGGUGUCUGGUAUGCGACAAAAUAUACUGCCGUGGGAGGCGGCUUUUCGAAAGAGUAGAUGGUUCACUCGUGGAUGGACGCUUCAGGAGCAUCUCGCCCCUAAGAAAGUCGGUUUUUGUUCAAAGGAAGGCACUUGGCUAGGCGAUAAACGGUUGUUAGAGUCUUUGAUACGCGACAUUACAAGCGUUUCUGCGAGUGCUUUUCGUGGUACGCCUUUAUCCGACUUUCCCGUCUGGGAACGAGAGGCAUGGGUGCGCCGUCGUCAAACGAAAUAUGGCGUAUUCGCUGCUGGGGAUAUUCAAUGUCUAUUUGCCGCUGAUCUACGGCGAAGGGCGAGAUAAUGCACAAAGGCGGCUGCGGGAGGAAGUAGGAAAAGGCGUGAAGGGUAAGCCAUCUCAAUAACAAUAGAGGUGGUUCUCGGUAUCUUGUGCUCAUAAAACCGAAUUCGUUCUAAUUUUUGUCUCUUCUUUUUUUUUGUCUUUGUUCACCUCACUUGUCGAUCAUCCAUAACCUCCAUCGUAUAAGCCCGUCCUCCACGAACAGGCCGUGCUACGUAAACUGAACGAGAUGUCUGCCAAGCUCAGAAACGAGUGCAAGCUCCUCAAGUCGACUAUCCAUCAAUCCAAGUAU